CCUGUUUCUGUUUCUUUUUGCUUCUUUUAAGUUUAAUCCUUUAAAAGUUCUUCUUUUUAUGGUGAUUCAAUUGGCCAAGUUUACUAAUUUAUUGGUUUAUGUUGUGAUUCCUGGGUUUUCUGGAUUGCUCUAUUAGUUUCUGGAAAUUAUGGGUUCUGAUAAUUGAAUUCUGAUUUUUGUUCAAGCUUACAGUUUAGUGAUACUGAUUUGAACUUUUUUACACAAUAGUUGUGGGUUCAUUCUCACUGCCCCUUUCCCCCUUCCCUUCCUCUUUCCCUAUGUACUAGAAAUUUAAAAAAAAAUGAAAUAGUGAUUUUUAAUUAUAAUAGCUUAGUGUGUGUAUCCAUCUUUGUGGCAUCAGUUUUGCUUAUAGAUAGAAAUUAGAAAGUAUAGAUUGAGGAUGUGAAAUAACUUGUGAAGUUUAGACAAUUGCAUAAGUGAUCCUAUAUUGCUGUGAUUUAAUUGCAGAAUGGGUUGUCAUUAGUCAUCAGAUGAAAUAAACAAGUAAGCGUAUUGGUAGGAUAUGAUCUGAGACUAUGUUAUCUAUGUGGUUGCAUCUGCCUAGGAGAUUAUUUUCGUUGUGUUUCAGUUUUAGAGAAAGGUUGUUAAGACAUUUAGAAGUUGUUUAAGAGAUGGUAAUGAGGUGCAGGUGUAACAUGCAGCUAUAUCAUCAUCCUUUGUCCUUGGACAGUCAGAAGGUGAGACUUACUUUGGAGGAGAAAGGCAUUGAUUACACGUCGCAUCAUGUGAACCCUUUAACGGGCAAGAACAUGGAUACAUUUUUCUUCAGUAUGAAUCCAAGUGCAAAAAUUCCUGUCUUUCAGAAUGGUUCUCACAUCAUAUAUGAUACAGUUGAGAUUAUUCAGUAUAUCGAAAGAAUUGCAGAAAAAGUGUCUUCUGGUGGAAACAAUCUAAACCUCAGCAGCAGAGAAGUUGUUGAAUGGAUGCAUAAAAUACAAGAAUGGGACUCAAUGUACUUUACCCUUUUCCAUGUCCCUGACAAGUAUCGGUUAUAUGUUUCGAAAUUCUUGAGACGUGUAAUAAUUGCCCGAAUGGCUGAAUCUCCUGACUUAGCAAGUGCCUACCACUGUAAGUUAAGAGAUGCAUAUGAUACCGACGACAAGUUGAAGAAUGCUGACGUUUUGAGACGAUGUGAGAAUCAUCUAGUAAGGCUUCUGGAUGAGGUAGAAGUUAAACUUGGUGAAACAUCAUAUCUAGCCGGGGAAGAGUUCAGUCUAGCUGAUGUAGUGCUCAUUCCUGUUCUGGCUAGAUUACAACUCUUGAACUUGGAAGACGAGUACAUAAAUAGUCGUCCAAACACAGCAGAUUAUUGGAUGUUGGUUAAGCAGAGACCUAGUUAUAAGAAGGUGAUUGGCAGGUACUUUGAUGGAUGGAAAAGACGGAAAACAUUGCUGAAAACAUGGUGUUUCAUCCGUAUCAGAAGCAUGCUGCGAAAAUAUUGAGAGCUCAAUAUGCAGGUCACAGGGGAAAAUUACUUGAAUAGUGCAGCUAAACUCUUUUCUUGUUGUCAGUUUACUGUCUCUUUUUUUUUUCUUUUUUUUGGGUUGGGAGGGGGUAGUGUAACGGCAAUAAUUGUUAAGAUGAUCUAAUAUUUUGCGUUGUUUCCAUUUGCACUUUGUUGUAGCGGAGAAAAGAAAGUUCUUUGCAAUUGUUAAUAGAUAUGAAAAGUCUGCUCAUUGUUGAGAUUAUAAUA